UUUACCUCGCGCCGCCCGAAGACAUGGCAUCCGCAACGACGAUGCACCAUCGGCGCCGCUCCAUUAUCCAGCUGGCCCUCCUGCUCCUGGUGACGUCACCGGCGGCAAUGCUGGCGGCCGGCGGAGCCUGCGAGAGCGAGGAGUUCCCGGCCGGCAGGAGCUACGCGACGUGCGCGGACCUCCCGACCCUCGGCGCCUCGCUGCACUGGAAGUACGACGCGGCGGCCUCGUCGCUGUCCCUGGCGUUCGCGGCCAAGCCGCCGGGCACGAGCGGCGCCGGCUGGGUGGCCUGGGGGAUCAAUCCCACCGGCGACGGCAUGAAGGGCGCGCAGACGCUCGUCGCCUUCAAGAGCAGCGGCGCGUACGUCGUCAACACGUACAACCUCACCGGGUACCGCCCGCUCAGCGCGGCGUCCACGCCGAUCGCGUUCGAGGCCACCGAGCUCGCCGCCGACGAGGGCGCCGACGGGAAGGUGCGGCUCUACGGCACGCUGCAGCUGCCCAAGGGCAUGGAGGCCGUGAACCACAUCUGGCAGGUAGGGUCGACGGUGGCCAAUGGGGUGCCGGCCAAGCACGCGUUCGCGCAGGAGAACCUGGAGGCGAAGGGCAGCCUCGUGCUCACUGGUGCCGGAACAACGGACGCCGCACCGGCUCCGGUGGCCGGUGGCCCGUCGGCCGAGCAGGCUACUGGUUGUUAACAAUAAUACUUUAGAGUUAAGAUAACUAGGAUCUGGAUCUCUUGAUUAGAACACCCAUCAAGCAGAAUAGUGGUUACUAACCGUGAUUAUCUUGAUCCAUUAACAGGAUAGCCCCUGGCUCCACCUUAGCAUCUCCAGCAGUGAGAAGAUCGUCGGGAGGAAGGGCAUCAGCAGGCGAUGUAGCAGACACGAAGGAUGCCGCCGGCACGGACCUGGAGGUGGCCGGCGGUGGUGGUGGUCUUCUGAUCCCCUUAAGCACCUUUUCAGGAUCGGCUGUUAGGAGUAACCGGGUGCUAACCCGUACGUGUGUCACCCCCAAGGGGUACGACCUCCUCAUUUUGUAAGUGGUGCGAAGGGGACAGGGACCAAAACCAAAAGUUGGGUCAAUGCCCCCGAUCAGGGCAUGUACUGGGGAUGCAAAUCCUCCCCUUCUUUGUCUCAGUUUGUUAUAACCGUAGAUCAAUUCCAACAUUCUCCCCCUUGA